GCAUUUUUCGCAGCCAUGGUGAAAAGGAAAAAGGCUGAGAUGGACCUCUCUGAUGGUAUUCUGCGCCUGCGGUGCCCCAAACCACUAGCAAUCAAUCCAUCUCUGGACUCAUCUGAGCUCAUUUCCAGAUUGUUGGCUCCGAUGAGCUUGGAAAGCUUCCUCUCCUCCUGCUGGGCAGAAAAGCCGCUUCUGGUGCAGGGACCGCUCCAGCGCUUGGCACCCAUCAUUUCGCACAUGAAGCAGUUGGAUCUCCAGGAGAUGUUGGAGGAGACCCCCAGUGAACAGGUUCACGCGUGGCUCAGAAGUUCUACAACUGGCUCCAAAGAUGAGCCAAGUGGAAGUGCCUUACAAAGUGUUGCGCUGGAUGCCGCUGCUGCCUUAAUGUUGGCACAGACGCGCCAAGCGGCUUUGUACUUCCGAGCACCUGAGGCCUUAGAGGAUUUGCUGGUGCCGGGCAUUUGCAACGGCUUGGGAGCUGCUUUUGCAGGUUUGUACCCAGGGGACAGUCGACCCAGAGGAGAGAUUGAAACCUUUGUGGCCCAAAGUGGCCAUGUCACAGGUUGGCACACAGACUUUCAGCACAACUUCACCUUCCAGUUGAGGGGCUCAAAGCGGUGGCGCUUCAAGAAGGGACCGGUGAAGAACAACGUGCGUGCCUUGACGCCACAUUUUCAGACCAAGGCUAACUUUGAGCAGCAGAUGAAACUUCACGUUAUCAGCGAGCCUUCAAGGCCUGAGUUCAAGCCACCAGAUCACUUCUUUGCCGAUGCAGAUGUGGUGGAUGUCACUGCGGGUGAUAUCCUCUAUCACCCUGCUGGCAUUUGGCACCAUGUCGAGUGCACUGGGGAAAUUGAGAGCAUCUCCAUCAAUGUCUCCGUCUCAUGUGCUACUUGGGCAGACCUGGUGAGCGACGCCAUACAUCAAUCCCUUUGGAGCUCAGCAUCUCUUCGUGCACCAAUCGUUGGCCUCACUGUCGACUAUGCUGCUGCUGUGCGUCAGGUGGAAGAGCGGUUGCGAGAGGCCAAGAAGUGGAUCAACUCGUUGACGGCCGAGGACUUGCUGUCGCCAGCCAUGCUGGAAAUGCCAAGGUUGCCGUCCCGAAUCCACAUCGGUCGCUCACGUUUGGGGCAUCAGCUUCAGGUGUCGCAGAGCAGCUGCUUUCGUUUCUCCCAGCUGUGCGCAUUGGUUGAGCUACCAGAGGAUCUUUCCGAUUCAGAAGAGGAGCUUCCUCAGAGCUCAAAGCGUUUCGUGCUUCAUGCGAACUUUGGCAACGAGGACGUGUCAUCUUGGCUGCGGGUGCUGCUGGUCGCGCCCAAAAACCUGCUUCUGGCCAUGUCAUGGCUACAAACGCGGCAGCUGAGCAAAAGAUCCACCAAGAAAUUCAAGGCGAAGGAGGUGCUGACAGCAUCGAAGACCAGCUGGUCCAACGUAUGCAGGCUGCUCAGAGUGCUUCAAUAUUGUGGCCUUGUGCUCCAGUGCUGACAUCGUGCAUUGAUUAAAAAAA